GUAUUUUUAUUAUGCACUCGUGCUCGUGGUUUGGGUAUUAACUUGACAGCAGCCAACACUGUCAUCAUAUAUGACUCUGAUUGGAACCCUCAGAAUGAUAUACAGGCUCAGGCAAGGUGUGUCAGAAUAAGAUGGUAAAGGUUUAUAGACUAAUCACUACUAACUCAUACAAGAGAGAAAUGUUUGACAGGGCUAGUCUUAAGUUGGGUCUUGAUAAGGCAGUGCUUCAAUCAAUGAACACUCAACAGCAAGCCAGUGGACCUCCACAGUUAUCAAAGUCUGAGAUUGAGAAUUUAUUAAAAAGAGGUGCUUACAGUACAAUAAUGGACAGUGAUGAUGCUGCUAACCAGUUAGUCCCUUUCAUUUACAGGGCAUACUUGUACAAUGGACAUUCCUUUAAAUUGUCAUUCUUGCAUUCUGGUAGUUUUUCUCUAAGACUUUGA